CCCUUCCCACUGGGGAAGGGGGAGGAGUGAGUGACUGUGUGGUUCUUGGUCACCAGCUGGGGUUAAACCAUGACAGAUGCAAGCAGUGAAGGAAUUCCACAAUGAAAGAAGGGAAAUGAAGCCUUUCAGGGGGGCUUUCAAGAGGAAGAGCUGAUAAAUUUCUCUGAAGUUGAUGCAAGCUUCUCUGGGAAAAAGACCAGGGCCUGGAAAGCCUGUGAUAGAGAGCAGCUGUUUCCAGACACUUGCAUUAAAUCUCAGACGUGCUUUCCUGCCAGCUACUUCAGUGCAGAAGAUUAACAAACAUGUCCAUAGCACUCAAGCAAGUCUUUAAUAAAGAUAAGACUUUCCGCCCAAAACGCAAGUUUGAGCCUGGAACCCAGAGGUUUGAACUUCACAAACGAGCGCAGGCAUCUCUCAACUCAGGUGUGGACUUGAAAGCAGCUGUGCAGUUGCCCAGUGGAGAAGACCAGAAUGACUGGGUGGCUGUUCAUGUUGUCGACUUCUUCAACAGGAUCAACCUCAUUUAUGGGACUAUCUGUGAGUUCUGCACAGAGAGGAGUUGCCCAGUGAUGUCUGGAGGCCCCAAGUACGAGUAUCGGUGGCAGGAUGACUUGAAGUACAAGAAGCCCACAGCACUGCCUGCACCCCAAUAUAUGAAUCUUCUCAUGGACUGGAUUGAGGUGCAAAUCAACAAUGAGAAUAUAUUUCCCACAAGUGUAGGUGUUCCCUUUCCAAAGAACUUUCUCCAGAUCUGCAAGAAGAUACUCUGUCGGCUUUUUCGGGUGUUCGUUCAUGUCUACAUCCAUCACUUUGACCGUAUCAUCCUUAUGGGGGCUGAGGCCCACGUCAACACCUGCUACAAGCAUUUUUAUUAUUUUGUGACAGAGCUCAACCUCAUAGACCGCAAAGAACUAGAGCCUUUGAAAGAGAUGACAACCAGGAUGUGUCACUAAAAACUACCCACUGAACAAAAGCAAAGUCCAAUUUCCUUCUUACUGCAGGGUUCAAGAAUAUGACAGCCCUCAUGGACUGAGCCUGCUUGAUCAUCCCUGAAAGCAGCAAAGUUGGGAGCCACAGUUACUGUCACAAAUGCUUCUCUCCAGUGUCAAUGUUGUUAACCCUAAAUAUGCUGCUAGGAACCUCAGCUGAGAACAUGGAUUAUUGAGAAAAAGAAUUAUAUCAGUUCUAACUCCUUUAUCAGGGAUAAGAACCUCUUCAGCCACAGACAAUAGCAGACAGUGCCCCUGCUGCUAAAGCUUUACUGAAAUUCAGAUCCUUGGCUGACCUCCAGACUAGUUGUUUCGAAAAGAAAUCUGCAAUUUUGCUUUCUUUUUAUUUUGUCUCUUGGUAUGCGCUUUCUUUCCUAACUGCAGCAGACUAUUAAGAGGUUCUGGAAUGAAAGAACACUUAGCCUUUAAUGCCCCCUACGCUGCUCCAGGCCACCCAAAGCUUGGCCACCAUUCCCAAAUGCUAUCAAGCCUUGUGUUUCCAGGAAGACAGCCAUGUCCUUCAGCUGAACAGAGUAUGCUUCAUUGUGAUUCAUAAUUUAAUGACAAUGGAAGGAUUUCUGAUUUCAAAUACAUGAACAGGGAUCCAAAUAUAGCUCUGCAGUGCUGGGGUAUUUUCCUUGAAUUCAUGCUGUGACUGACAGCAAAUGUUCUCAGUAUCUCUAUAUUACAUUAAAAAAAACCAGCUACAGUCAUCAUUUUCCUGAAGUACCCAAUGAAGUACACCAAUCUGUCGUGUAAUUUCAUAUCCUUUUAUCCCCUUAGGAAAAUGAUCCUUCUCAAUCACCCUAAAAUUUCAUCUUUUCAGAGAAAAAUGAAUUUAUUGGGGUAACUUGCAGGAAGAUACAGUAAAGAUGAGUAGUAAAAAAGGUUAGAGCAGGAGGACUAAUUGAAGGCCCCUGUUGCAGCUGAACAGUGCCCAGUAAUGUGACUUGCUUUAUACAUUGGGCUAACACAAUACAUUUUUCCAGAACUUAAUUCUGGAAAAUGAACACAUGUAUGGAUAGUCUAGAACUACCCAUUGCAGCAAAUCAAAUCUUCUAUGCCAAAUAUGCCCGGAGGAGGGUUUCUUCUGAAAAAAAAAUUUAAAAAUGAAAGUGAUACAGAAUAUCACAAGAGAAAUACUUCUGAAUAAAUGGGAAUCAAGUGGAA